GGAAGUGGGUGUGGUCGGGUCUCCCUGCAGCCUUGGGCGCUGAGUGAUGGGUAUGGAGUGAGGGAGACCCCUCCGCACAUCUUGAGGUGUGCACUUUCCAUAUAAAGAUUUAAAAUGGCUUCAAGAGGAGCAAUAGAGACCAGUAAACUAAAACAGAACUUGGAAGAGCAGUUGGACAGGUUAAUGCAGCAGCUGCAAGACCUGGAGGAGUGCAGAGAGGAACUGGAUACAGAUGAGUAUGAAGAAACCAAAAAAGAAACUCUAGAACAGUUAAGUGAGUUCAAUGACUCACUGAAGAAGAUCAUGUCUGGAAAUAUGACUUUGAUAGAUGAACUCAGUGGGAUGCAGCUGGCUAUACAAGCAGCCAUCAGCCAGGCUUUUAAAACUCCAGAAGUCAUUAGAAUGUUUGCAAAGAAACAGCCAGGGCAGUUACGGACAAGGUUGGCAGAGAUGGACCGAGAUCUGAUGGUUGGGAAACUGGGACGGGACCUAUACACAGAGCAGAAGGGGGAAAUCCUAACUGCUCUCAGGAAGCUUGGAGAGAAGCUGACUCCAGAUGAUGAGACUUUCCUGUCAGCAAAUGCAGGUGCAGCCCUCAGCCAGUUUGAGAGAGCCUCUAGUGACCUUGGAUCUGGAGACAAAGUCUUUGCUCUGGCCAGUGUUGAAGUAGAAAAAUCAAAACAAUGAAGAGCUUUAAAUGUGGAGGAAGUAUGUGAAAUAUCAUUGGCAAAUGGAACAGCUGGCUGAGGGUAGAGCGACAUACUAUUAUUAUACAGCACCCCACAGAGAAAGCGUGACUGUGGAAAUCUGAUGUGUUCAUGAGUCACAGACGCACUCAGUCCCCAUUCUAAACAAGCUUUUGAUAGAGACAGAAAUCUGGUAAGAGAAGAAAUCUACCCUUUAUUAGAAAUUCUAUGUAUAUUGAAAUUAUUUUUCUGAUAAAAAUUAAUUCCUUCAUUAAAUAAAUGAAAGCUGUUUACAAAAUGGAAUGAUUAAAUGCAGGGAUUUGUUAGCAUUGUAGUAGGUAAAUUAUAAAGUAAGAAGGAAUAACGAUUUCCAACUGUAUAGUUAAGGAGGUGAGCGUGUGUCCGAGAGCUUUUAGCACCAGGUAAUAAUUGAUGUUCCUAGGAGGUGGGUACUUAAUUUUUUGGUGACUCUUCAAAUUGUUUGUUAGUAUAGAAGCAGUUUCCUCUGUGUGUUCAGAGUUGUUGCUGUGUGAGGUGAAAGCAACUUUCUAAAAGCUUAACAUCUUUAAUUUUAGUGAGUUACUGUGGCCUCAUGGGAAAUCUUUACAGCUUGCAAGUUUUCCUGAACAUUGUUUAUCGCCUUGCUCCUUACCUGAAAUGUUUGAUUUCUAUAGCAGACAGUUUUGCUGUCAGAGAGAGUGGUGACUUACGAUGGGCAAAGAUCAGACAGAAUUUUAAGAAAAAUAGGUCCUGUUUUCAUGUAACUGCCCCUAAUUAUAAAAACUAAGACAGACAAAUACUGAAAAAAGAUGAUAUUUAGAAUUGUUUCUAAACUAAUAAUGGUUCAUGAAUAUCAGAUGCUUUCAAUCCAGAGUGUGAGAUUAUGAAACUUUGGGACAAAUUAAUUUAAAGCAGGUAUAAUUCUGUUGACAUCAGUAGAGUUGUGCCUGCUUCAACUAGCACUGAAAUUGAACCCACAGUCUCUGAUAAACUCUGUGGAACAUUAGAGUUUUACUUCUAAAAAGGGGAUGAUAUUUUAGUAGGUUUCUACCAAACUAUAGGUUUGGUAGAAAAUCAAACAAGUUUUUUUCAAUUUAAUGAAGUGUUUUUCAUAUCUAAAUUUACACAAAUAAUCCACUACAAUGUUGAAACCCCAAAUGCUAUACACUGCAGCUGUCUAAUGAGACUAGACAGUGGCAUUGACUAUAAAUAGUAAGUAAAACUGGACCAGUCUGGUUUGUUUGCAUUGUGUAUAAAGUGUAAUAAAUCCUAAACAACGUCAUGAAGGAUGAAAAGGUAAAUGAGGCUUUGACUAAUUCCUUUAGUUGUAAACUAAAAUUGUAAUAAAUAACCAGGAAGGGAUUUCAAAAAUCAAAUUUUUAUUUUGA